AAUUGCUUUUUAAAAUAGAUUUUGUAUAAACAUUUACCAAAUCAAAGAAGACUUUCCAAUUAUGCUAUUGCAAAAGCAGAAAGCUUGUUACGCUUAAAAGCUAAUAAAAAACUUCUACAACAAGAAUUGUCAAAGGAGACUGGAAAAAUGAUAACUCUUCGUGACUUAUCAAAUAUUGCUGCUUCUGCAUGCAAAAGUGAUACCCGAAAUAAUUUAACAAGCUUUGUUAAGACUUUAAAGGAAAAAUACAAUGCUAAUGUAGAUGUUUUAACGGAUGCAGAAAAUAAUUUACAAGGGCUUUUUUUCCAAGAUAUUUCAAUGCAUAGUGUUUACAAUGCAUAUCCUGAAUUUUUAUGCAUGGAUGCAACUUAUAAAUUAUUAGAAAUUCGUUUGCCAGUAUAUAUUCUGCUAUGUGAAGACGGAGCUGGUGAAAGUGAAAUAGCAGCUGUCGGUUUGCUUGCACGUGAAGAUGCUGCAUCUCUGAGUUGGUUCAUUGAAAGAUUCAAGAGUUAUAAUAUUUCUUGGCCAAAGACAAAUGUUUUCAUGACAGAUAAAGACUUGAACGAAAGAGAUGUAUUGCGUGGUGCUUUUCCGGGGGUAUCUCUAUUACUCUGUUUAUUUCACACCCUUCGAACUUUUAGUCGUGAAAUUACAACUGCCAAGCUUGGGAUUACAAGUGGGGAAAGAAUUUCAUCUCUUGAGUUUAUUCAGAAAUUGGCCUAUGCUACCUCAGAGAAAAAUUAUGACGAACUAUAUAGACUAUUUGUUUCAUCAGCUCCAUCCACUGUUAUAGAUUAAUAUAACAACAAUUGGCAUAAUAUUCGUGAU